AUGACUUCAGAGGACCUUCAUGCAAUCUCUGCCGACUGGCUCAAAAGUUUAGAGAACGCGUCGUCCACCGGAGAUGUUAAGUCAUUUGUGAGCCAUUUCCUUUCGGACGGGUGGUUCAGAGAUCUUCUUUGUUUUUCCUGGGAUUUCAGAACGCUAUCAGGAUCAGAAAAAAUCUGCGGAUUUCUCUCGGAGAUGGUUGAUGGAAGGUCGCGACUUGAGUAUUCUGGUCUUUGUGACUUCAAGCUAGACGAUCACACCGCCAAUGCCCCUUCACCAUUCAAAUUACCAGGUUCGCAAGGGAUUGAAGGAGUACAAGGUGCUUUCACCUUCAGCAUUACAAACCCGGCAGCACUCGGGCGUGCAUUCUUCCGUCUCACACAAGAUAACGAUGGAAACUGGAAGGCAUUAACUCUUUUUACCAACAUGCAGGACCUCGUGGGGUACGAGGAGUCCUCCACAGACCGACACGGCCUAUAUGAGGGUCGACAAAUUACUUGGGAGGAGGAGAUUGAGGCAAAAUUCCGUGCUAUAGAGGCGGACCCCACUGUGUUAAUCGUCGGUGGUGGACAGGCCGGCCUUACAUGUGCGGCGCGGUUGGGGAGGUUGGGGAUCCGUGCUCUCGUAAUCGAGAAAAAUACGCGUGUUGGAGACUCCUGGCGACAACGGUACCCGAACCUUACGAUGCAUACUCCCGCAUAUCAAAGCUCUAUGCUUUACAAUCCAUAUCCGACAAACUUCCCCAAGUACAUUCCUAAGGGGAAAAUUGCCAAUUUCCUGGAUUCAUACGCUGUUAAUCAGGAAUUAUGCAUCUGGCUCUCGAGUAUCGUCGCCUCAACUCCAGUAUACGACUCAUCAUCGGCAAGAUGGACUGUUGGAGUACAGCGGGGAGACCGGAAAGUGAUCCUCAAUCCAAAGCACCUGGUACUUGCCACAGGAUACGGGCAACCUCGUAUUCCUACUUGGAAUGGAAUGCAUGAUUUUCGAGGGGCAUUGUAUCAUUCCGACUUCCAUACAGAUGCAGAGCAGUUCCGAGGCGAGCGCGUUGUCGUUGUGGGUGCGUGCAAUGCUGGUGGGGAUAUAUGUCAAGAUUUCAUAGCGCAUGGUGCCGCUGAGGUAACCAUUGUCCAAAGAAGCGCCACAUGCGUUGUAUCCUCUUCUGCAGCAGAGGAAACCAAUUACAAGCUGCCUUUCUCUGAUAACAACCCUAUCGAAGAACUAGAUUUCCGCAACAAUUCACUGCCUUUAUCCUUCCUCCUGCAGCUGAAGAAAUCAGGUGGGACACAACACGUGAAGAUGUUCGACAAGGAACUCCACGAAGGUUUGCGCAAGGCUGGAUUCAACUUAACUUGGGAAUCUUCGCCCGGCAGUGGCGAGGUUGGGCUGGAAGGAUUUAUAUAUAGCCGUUUUGCAUCAGGAACUAUGCUUGAUAUAGGCUGUGGUAAGCUAAUCAUCGAGGGCAAAGUCAAGGUGAAGCAAGGCCAAGACAUCAGUCACCUCGACAAAGACGGGAUCACAUUUAAAGAUGGCUCUAAACUCUCAGCAGAUGUUAUCGUCCUAGCUACAGGAAAUGAACCCAUCAUGAAGGGCACCAGAGCCCUUCUAGGUGACAAGAUUACCGAACAACUCCCGCCUGAGGUGUGGGGCCUUGAUUCAGAGGGAGAGCUCAACCAGACGUAUCGACCCUCUGGACAUCAGGGACUUUGGUUCGCUAUCGGUCCAUUUGAAACCUCGCGAUUCUUCAGUAAACACUUGGGUCUCCAGAUCUUGGCACGAGAGCUUGGUAUAGCAUGA